AUGAAACGCAAGCAACCAGACUCGGAUGACGAGCGUCCCGUCUCGACGCCAAAGAGACAGCGGACCGCUACGAUCCUCAAUGGCUCUCCCAAUGGUCACACCAAUGGACACGUUACGGAGGACGCGCCUCCGUCCAAACGGGUCAAGUCCACACCCCAAAAACCGACCGCUGCAACCCCGGCUGCCCUGAAAGAGUCCGGACUCAAAACACCCACGCACAGAUCAAAAGCCAAGGCUCUGUUCUCGACGCCUACGAAAUCCGCAGCCACCGUUUCUACCCCGGCACGUGCACGGGCUGAUCGAUCGGCCAAGAAGAAGAGCGCUCGUCUUCUUCUCGAACAGGACGAGGAUGAUAUCUGGGAUGGGGCGGAUCGUUUGGCGGAGGAGAUUCUGGAUGAUGAUGACGAUAACGAUUAUACCCCCGACACACCUGCGAAGGGCAAGAAAGGCAAAGGCAAGGAAAAUGUGGUUGAGAGCGUGGAAGCGGAGACAGGGGAAGCGGCCCCAGCUAAACCAGCGGCAACGCCGAAACGCCGUGCAGGAAGACCCAAGGGUGCAAAGAACAAACGGUCUCCCACGCCAGAAGGAGAACUUCCUGCGCAUGAACGGUACUUUUUCCAGAACCGCGCUGGACCCCCGAAGACGUCGAACAACAACCUGAACAAGGUAUCGCUGCUGACCCACGAGGAGUACUUUGCGAAAUUGGACCAAUACGUGGACCCCUACAAGAACGAAAAAGCCUUUCUCCUCGAUCUACACCGUCGGUCAUUUCCACAAUGGGAUUUCGAGUUCCACGAGGGAUUCAACAUUUGCUUGUAUGGGUACGGCUCAAAGCGGAAGCUGCUGGAGAAUUUUGCAGAUUGGCACUACGCGAAGGACACAGAGAACCCGUCGCCGAUUGUGGUCGUGAACGGACAUACGCCGAACGUGUCCAUCCGAUCGAUCUUUGCCACGAUUGUGACCGCAGUGCUGGAGGAGCACAUUCCAUCCAAGAUGGGCUCGCAGCCGAUUGAGGUGUUGGAAUUAUUGCAGUCGGUGAUCAAGUCACGGCCCGCGCAAAAGCCCAUUACCGUGCUGAUCAACUCGAUUGAUGCGCCCUCUCUUCGGCGAGCGGCGAAUCAGGCACUCCUCGCCCGUCUGGCGGCCACACCCAAAAUCCACCUGCUGGCCACGGCCGAUACGCCGAACUUUUUGCUGAUGUGGGAUAUUAGCCUGCGGGACCAGUUCAACUUUGUCUUCCACGACUGCACCACGUUCUCUCCGUUUGACACCGAGUUCGACGUCGUGGAAGAAGUGCACAGUCUCCUGGGUCGCAAGGGCCGCCGGGUUGGCGGCAAGGAGGGUGUCGAAUUUGUGCUGAAGAGUCUCCCGGAGAAUGCGCGCAAUCUGUACCGGCUCCUUCUGACCGAGAUCGUGUCACUGUUUGAUGAAGGCCACCACUCGGACGACGAUAUGGAUGGCGAUGAGGGCCGGGGAGCUGGCCGAGAGGGAGACGGCAAAGAAGAACCGGGCAUUGAAUUCCGUCUGCUGUACCAGAAGGCGGCGGAGGAGUUCAUAGCCUCGUCGGAGAUGAUGUUCCGCACGCUGCUGAAGGAAUUCCACGACCAUCAGAUGAUCACGUCUCGGAUGGACACGAGCGGGAUGGAGAUCCUGGGGGUGCCGCUGUCUCGCGAAGAGAUGGAGGGUGUGCUGGAAGAUCUGAUCCUGAGUUAA